GAGUGCUGUGCCGUUCACCAGCUCUGCAACUCACUGCAAUAAAAACACACCCCAAAAAAAAAAUACCCCCUCCCCUCAACAGCAAGUUACCAAACUUUUCCUUUUCUAAAAAAAUAUAAUACUUUUUAUGCAUUUAUAAGAGUUUAAAAAAAAAUCCUGAGGGGGAAGAAAGAGGGAAGGAAAGGAGAGAAGGUGCUAGGAGCGGCGGAGCUGGAGGUUUCUUGUGUGGGGGGUGGGAGAGAGGGAGAGUGUUCACCGCCUGGCCUAGCCUGCUCAGCACUGCCUCACUGCCGACUUGUUGCAAAUCCCAGGAAAAGUCGAGUGCUUUCCCCUUUCUCUGUGUCUCUGAAUUUUCUUCUGGUUGGGCUCCAGGCUUAAGGCUUGGAGAAAUCCACUAGCGCCAUAGAUUCCAACAACUGGAGCGGCAGCGAAAGCCCUGCCGAAAACCUGGAGAGGAUGACAGAUUCUGCUGAUAAGCCGAUGGACAAUGAUGCAGAAGGUGUCUGGAGCCCUGACAUAGAGCAGAGCUUCCAGGAGGCCCUGGCCAUCUACCCACCGUGUGGGAGGAGGAAAAUCAUUCUCUCAGAUGAAGGCAAAAUGUAUGGUCGUAAUGAAUUGAUAGCCAGGUACAUCAAGUUAAGGACAGGGAAGACACGAACUAGGAAGCAGGUGUCUAGUCACAUACAGGUGUUAGCAAGGAAGAAAGUUCGGGAAAUUCAAGCUGCCAUUAAGGUGUCUAGUCACAUUCAGGUUCUUGCCAGAAGGAAAUCUCGUGAGAUUCAUUCCAAGCUAAAGGUAACGAACAUGGAUCAAGCAGUGAAGGACAAAGCCCUUCAGAGCAUGGCAGCAAUGUCUUCUGCACAGAUCGUAUCAGCAACAACCAUCCAGCACAAGCUGGGCCUACCAGGUAUCGCUCGCCCAUCAUUUCAAGCAGCACCUGGGUUCUGGCAUAGUGUGAUACCAACAGGGCAACCAGGAUCCUCACAAGAUGUGAAGCCCUUUGCUCAACAGCCCUACGCAGGCCAACCAGCAGUUACAACACCCAUUUCAGGUUAUGAGUCCACAGCUGCCCCAACCCCCUCAGUCCCAGCAUGGCAGGGCCGCUCCAUUGGAACGUCGAAACUUAGACUCGUGGAAUUCUCGGCUUUUCUCGAACAGCAGAGGGAUCCGGACUCAUACAACAAGCACCUCUUUGUACAUAUUGGACAGACCAACCAUUCCUACAGUGACCCUUUGCUUGAAUCAGUGGAUAUUCGCCAAAUUUACGAUAAAUUCCCAGAGAAGAAAGGUGGCCUUAAAGAAUUAUAUGGGAAAGGACCCCAUAAUGCUUUUUUCCUUGUGAAAUUCUGGGCUGACCUGAAUUGCAAUAUUCAAGAUGAUGCAGGAGCAUUUUAUGGUGUCACUAGUCAAUAUGAGAGCUCAGAAAACAUGACAAUCACUUGCUCAACCAAGGUUUGCUCAUUUGGAAAACAAGUAGUUGAAAAAGUAGAGACUGAAUAUGCAAGGUUUGAGAAUGGACGUUUUGUAUACAGAAUAAACCGUUCUCCAAUGUGUGAAUAUAUGAUCAACUUUAUUCACAAGCUUAAACACUUACCGGAAAAGUACAUGAUGAACAGUGUUUUGGAAAACUUCACCAUUUUGUUGGUUGUAACAAACAGGGAUACGCAGGAGACGCUUCUGUGCAUGGCAUGUGUGUUUGAAGUCUCAACCAGCGAACAUGGAGCGCAGCAUCACACCUACAGGCUCAUGAAGGAGUAAUCCUUGGAAGUUUCAUUCCCUUUCUGGAGAGAAAAGAAACACACAGCUGCAGUUCAAUAGACUUAAAACCUCAAUACAUGUGGCAGUGCCUCAAAUCAAUUGAUACACCAAGAACACAUCUGAGUUUUGAUGUGGGUAGCCUUUUUAAUGUGUGUGUGUGCGUGUGUAUAUACAUCAACAGCUGUGAAUUAUGGUACCUUGUGAUAGCUUUUUAUAUUGAAUUACAUGUGCUUCAAAAUACCUUUUUUUUUAAGAAAAAUGCCUGUUUGUUGGGUUACUACAUUACAAAAAUGGGACUGUCAUGUCUGAAAAAAAAUUUCGUUUAGCAAUUCUGGGAAUGUCGUCUUGUCAGUACAAGUUUUUCUGUGACGACAGAAAAUAAGAGAAAUAGAACAUAAUGAUUGUAGACACAAUGCAUUUAACUGUGGGAUGACUGUCUGCCUAUGUAAAGAUAAUUUAUUUAAAGAGGUUUUUUUUUCCAAAGAUGGUAUAUUCACAGGUAUAUAUUUAUCAACAUGUGAAUAUGCAGGAGAAAGCAUCAGGAUGAAGUUCAUGGCUUCAGGUCAACAGGUAUUGCAAUGCUGGUGAAAGAAUGUCAGUCACUUAAUGGUCACCAGAUCUGUUUGCUUUCAGGUUUCCUUUUUUAAAAAAACAAAAUCACACACUCCUUAUUUUUAAGAUGUUAUUUAAAUUGGAAUACAGUAACUUGCAACACUAAAUGAGCAGUUCAAGUGAAGCGUAUAGUGAAUAUCUUAAAGAUGGUGUUAGAUGCUAAAUUUUCAGGAGCAUGAGAGAGUGCAGACCCGUAACAGAAGUAUAUUGAUUAUUGAUCGAUUAGAUCUGUUUCAGCCACUUGACAUGACAGUGCUUCUUCAGUGAUGUCUGCAAAGAGUGCACAAAUUUUUAACCUUUAUUUUCAGGAAGAAAGAUGUGAGCUAUUAUUUUGUAAGCCUUUCUGGGGGAUGUCAAUUCCUAAACGUGAUUUACAAGUGAGGAAAUGGUUAACUGGUUGGGCACCACUAAAUUUCUGAAGAUUCAAAAAAAAACGUUCACUCUUUACAGGAAACAGGAGUUUGACCAAUUAAUCUUUUCUGACCCACAAUAAACCUUGGCUCAAUUCCUGGUGAUAGUUUUCAGGGGAUUUGUGUUUGUGCACAGAUAGGGGGUAGAUUGUUUUAGAUCCUGGAUCAGGAUGAGAUGGGGGCUUUCUAAUACCAAAAUAAAACUAUGAUCGUAACAGAAUUUUUGACAAGAAUACUGUGAAUUAAGAAGCAGCACAGUGUUUUAGUACAUUUCUAUAAUUCUAUUUUGUAAUAGUGUUUGGAAAUUUACUUUAAAAAAAAGUGUAUUUUUUGCGUCUGCAAGAAGUGCAUGUUUAGAAAAAUCACAGGGAGUUAGUUCAGUGCUCGCAAAUAUGGUCCCGACGUAUGUUUGUAAUGUUGCUCGCUUUAGGAGGCUUGGUAAAUGAACCAGUGUGAUUUGUGUUCUUGAGUUAAUGAUCGGUUUGGUGGUGUGUGUUCCUAUGAACUGAAAGAAACUGCCAGCAAGAUAUGAGCAGCGUUACAUCCAGGCCAGCAGAGGGACUAAUGAUGCCUCUCUGUCCUGAGCACUUGAUCCCUUUCGAGAUGCGAAAUACUCUUGUGGGCUGUCUCGCUUUUUUUGUGUGUGUGUGUUUCAACUUCGGUACUUGCGCGUGUAAUCAGAUGUGCAUUUUCCACGUUAAUUUGGCAGGUAAGGUAACGAUCGUGUAAACAAACCAGCUUAACAUGUGUAAGAUUUUGGAUUUAAGUUGGAACUUCUGUACUUUGAAAUAUUCAGCAGUGGCACAGUCACUAAAUCUUCAUUUUUGGGGACUUGAGAAAAUGCCAUGGUUUUAAAGCAUUUGUCUUUACACAAUUAAACUUGUAAAUGGAAAACACUAUUGUGAUCACAGUUCAUUGUAAGAAAUCAGUGAAAUCCAAAUAAGAUGUUACUGAGGCUGAGUUCUUUCCUAAGCUGGAAGUUUCUGAUACGUUAUCAGUUUUUUUUCUGAUAUAAUUUUAAUUCAGUGCUGCCAAAGCGUAGAUUAAUCAGUGCCUUAAUAGCGUACAAUAGGAAACUACAGUUCACCUGUAGAUCUACUCAUUUAAAUUGGAGAAUUUGUGCUUUGAGAUCUGUUACGUGCUUUGUCUUGUUACUGUGAUAGUUUCCAACAUAGCUGUGUUGUGAGUGGUGAAUCCAAACACAUUUUAAAGGCAUUUUGAGAAUUUAUUAUUAAAGUAUGCUAAAGUUACACCAACUAAAUGCCAAUGACAAAACAAUCACUUUCAAUUCAGUCAAACGAGGACCUUGUUUCACAGUUUGGAUUACGACCAGCACAGAACAGAACGCAAGAUUAGCCAGCUGUUUCGACACAUGCCUUUACUAACUAAUGACCAAAUAAUGAUCUUCAUACAUUUCCUGCACUCCAGCACGUAAGUGCCUUUGUUUUUUGAUAUUCCAGCCUAGAAAAGAUCUAUUCAGUCAAAUGAAAAAUAAAUUGUGUGCAGACCAGAAACCAAAUAAGAAAUAAAUAAGUGAUCACCUUUAAUGCCUUUUACUGAGCUGAGUACUGCUAGCAAAUUGUAAUGGAAUAAAUCUGAAUGUGGCAUUUAGAAGAAGUGUAUUCAGAGAAGCUGAGAGACAGAUUGAGAGGUUAAAAAAUUGUACAGUGGAAGCAAAAAAAAAACAAAAUUAUUGUAAUUUAUUUUUUUAGUGGAUCUUAUAAACUUUGAAUCUUGGGGUGGAUUUUUACCAUUGUAUGAGAAAUCAUGCAAAGGUUAUUGGCUAAAAUUGUACAGUACUGUGUCAGCAUCAAACUUGCACAGAUACAGUGCCUGUUGUGGAGAAUCUAUGGGUUUGUAGAUUAAAUAAUACUAAUUAAGUUAUCCUUUCAAGGAGUACACAGUGCUCACCUCCAACAUGAUAUAACUACAGAUUAAAUGUGAGAUUUGUUUUACAUAAAAUUAGGUAGAAUGUUCAGUGCAGAAAUCGGCCCUUUGGCCACAACGGAUCCAUGCAAUGUUUCUGUUCACAUGAGCCUCCUCCACCUUUCAUCAUCUCAUCCUUUCAGCAUAUCCUUUUAUUCCUUUCUUCCUCAUAUGCUUAUUUAGCUUCCCCUUAACUGCAUCUAUACUAUUCGCCUCAACCACUCCCUGUUACAGUGAGUUCCACAUUUUAACCUCUGGGUAAAGAAUUUUCUUCUGAAUUCUCUGUUGGAUUUAUGAGUAACUAUCUUAUAUUUAUGGCCCAAUUUGCUCUAUUAGGACCCUUCAUGGUUUUGAAUACCUCUGUUACAUCUCGUCUUACCCUUCUAAGAGGAACAAUCCUAGCAUCUCCAUUUUCUCCAAGUAUUUGAAGUCCCUCAUCCUCUCAUCCUUGUUACUGUUGUACUGAAUCCCCUCUUCUGGCUUAACAGUGAACUGUUUGAUCCACAAACAGUCAGGUCUAUUUCUUUAUUCAGUAGCCAUUUAAUUGCCUUUCCCAUUUGCAAAAGUAUAAAGAGCCAUUAAUCUUGGGUCAUUGCCAAGAUGCAUCUGGCAAACUCACCUAUCACAACAAUGAUAUGAAUCUUGAUCAGGAGUGUUCACUUGGUUUUGAGGUUGAAUAAUUUAGGUUUCUUUGUGUUUACAGAGUCUGCAGUACAGAAACAGGCCGUUUGGCCCAUCAUCUCUGUACCAGUGCUUCAUAAGAGCCUCCUCAUAUUACUCCUGUUCUAAACCUAUCAGCAUAUCCUUCUAAUCCUUUCACUCUCAAGUGUUUAUCUAGCUUCUCCUUAAGUACAUCUAUGUUAUUCACCUAAACUACUCCAUGUGGUAGUGAGUUCCACAUUCUUAUCACUCUCUGGAUAAAGAAGUUUCUUCUGAAUUCCUUAAUGGAUUUAUUACUGGCCAUCUUAUAUUUAUAACCUGUAGUUCUGGUAAACUCACAAGCAGAAAACUCUUGUCUACAUCCACUCUAAUGAACUCCUUCAAAAUUUUAAAGACUUCUAUUGGUUUGCCUCUCAGUUGUUGCUAUUUUAGAGAAUGAUGGAGGUCAUCAUCCAUUAUUAAUUGGAUAGGUGCAAUUUCCCAGAGUAUGUGAACUAUACUCUGAAGUGCUGAGAAUUCUGCUUCAGAGCAAACUUUAAGACAUUUGUCGGACAUUGCGAGUGUUUUCUGCCUUUUCGUCAGCUUUGAGCAUAAAGAAAGAAUGACUUGCUUUUAUUUUGUGCUUUUCAUGACCACUGGAUGUUUCAAAGUGCUUUAGAGCCAAUGAAGUAUUUCUUGAAGUGUAAUCACUGUUAUAUGGCAGGAAAUGCAGCAGUCAAUAUGCUUACAACAAGCUCCCACAAAC